AUGUCAGUAAGACACCAGAAACUCCGCUAUCCAAAUUUGGUUUCAAUAGACUUGUUGCUAAAAGCUGGACAACUUGUAGAACCUAAGGUGAAGAAUCAGGUAUCAUUAAGAUCAGAAACGUUCCAUCAAGAAUGGGUGUCUUUAGAAAACUCUCUUGAUUUAUUGGUGGAUGCAGAGAAAUUCUCUUCUGAUGGAUUCAGGUAUGCAUUUCUUGUAGUGACAAAAGAUAAAGAAAAAUGGGUAAUCAAUAAAUACCAUGAAAGGGCUGUCCAUACAAUAACAGGUACACUUAAUUUAACUCUUGAAGACCAUACUCGAAAGCAAGCACAAACACAUUCGGUGAGGCAUUUAACUAAAGUGUUUAGCAACAAAGUCCUCUAUUUUUUGGUGAAUUUGUCAGUGUCAUAA